AUGGGAUAUCCUGAUGAUGUCCUUGAUCGCAUGUGGGAACGGUAUAGUGACUGGUUAGGAACAAAUGUAACCACAACUCUCAAUGUAACUUCAUCUAGUCCUUUUGCAGUACCAGAUGCUGUAAGUAGGUCUGGAAUUUCUCCUACAAAUUCCAGUAGGAAACUAUCCUUUUACGCGUCCCCAGAACAAGAAAGUGGAAAAAUUAAUGUAUACUUUCAUUUUGCCGAGAUCCAAGUCUUAAAAGCAAAUGAUAUUAGGGAAUUCGACAUUUUUUUGGAUGAUACUAUUAUCCGAAAAGCUUAUACUCCUAAGGUGUUACAAUCGGAAACAAUAUACAACAUAUCGCCACAGCAAUGCAUAAGCUCCUCCUGCGACUUGGACCUCAUACAAACUCAAAGAUCAACUCUUCCACCACUGAUUAAUGCUAUUGAGGCAUUCGAGGUUUUGGAAUUUCCAUAUGCUGAGACGAAUCAAAACGAUGAUGAUAAGUUGGCAGGGAGAUCCGUGCGUUCCUGCAGUGUUGAAAUGGGAAGGUCUAAAGUGCAGCUACACAAGCAAGUCUAUUCCUCCAAGAAUUAUUUCCUUGAUGCGAUCAUACCAUCACUAAUGCACAGAAUAUGUAUGUAUGAGUGA